CCACGAAUUCUAAAAACAAUUUUGUACAAUUUUCAAAUACAAAUCCAUCUCAAACGCUUGAAUCAACAACUACUUGUUCUACUUUCAAACUUUCUUUUUCGACAACGGUCGCACCGGCUAGAGUUCUCUACGAAAUACUGAAACCUCUACCCGAUUCCCGACCACAACAACCUACGAUCAUGUCGACCAACAACCGUUCCAGCGGUCGCUCCAGCGGGAGCCGGCAAAGUACCACUGGAAACAACAACAAGAACCAGUCGUCUACUUCUUCGACCCGCGCCCUCCCGUUCACGAUUUUCUACCAAGACGAGGACGGAAAUCCCCGGGAGAUUCAAUUCACCCAGGAGGAGAAAGAAGUCCUGUGGCGCAAGCUGGACUACCCGAGCGAACAGUUAACAACUGUGGCGGACAUCAACACCGCUUGCGACCUGAUUUUUCCAACCGUAAAAACCCUGAACGACAAAGUCGCUCUGGAAAAGUGGAUCAGUUUGCCACCGGAGGCGCUGGGCACGCAGUCCCAGCAGGAAAUGGACACGCAGCACCCGCAGCUGUCGCUGCUGCACGAGGAGGACGACUUUUUCGACGAAAGCGGGGAGGUGGACAACUCCGACGUGGUCCAGUUUGCAUUUUUGCUUCGCACCGUGCUUUCCCGGAAAUUCCCCGGGAAGUUUUGCUCUCCCUUCAUCGUGCGGUUUUCGGAUUUGGAUAACCCGGACGACAAGGGUUUGUACGAAACGGAGCAGCAAGCUCUGAAGCGCGAUUGCGCGAUGGCUCUUGCUCGGAUUUUGGAAACCGGCGGCCGCGCGUCCGAGCAGUCGAAGGGCAGCCCGAAGUUGAACGCGAAUUCGCAGCGGAAAUUCCCGAGUGCCGUUUCUGCAACAGCGGGAUCGGGAAAGACGAGGCUUCUAGUCACCGCGAGGAAGGUGCCAGAUGUGGUUUUUCACGAAAAGGAGCAGUCUUCCUCUGGUGUUUUCCAGAAAGACGCCGUGAUGGGGGAGAAGAACUGGCACCGGGCGGUGUCGGAAAUUGUGGGGAAAUUCCGGCUGGAGUGCGGCUUUUCCACGCGCUCGUUUCCGACCUUAAUCGGCGUGUCCAAUUCGACGAAUCUGAAGCAGAAGCAACACGUGUACAAGUGCGAGGAGUUGAUCCACAAUGGGAAUUUUAAAAUGGCGAUGUCGGACAUGAAAACCAACACCGUGAACUUGGUCGAGUUGAAGGAGUUGUGGAUUCUCUACACGCUGUCCCACCCCCACGCGGAUCGGCUGGUGGCGGAAAUUGUGAUGAAGAACAUGGACAAAAUGCUUUCCCCUGUCGGCGUCGACAACCGCCGGCGGUUCAAGAUCCCGAUGCUGCCGCGCUCACUGGAGAAGAAGCGGAUUGCGCGGCGAUUGGUAUGCAAUGUAAAUUUCCCGUACAUGUACAAAAUGCAUGACAAAUUCCGCUAACUUGCAGUGCGCAACUUGUCAUGCUAGACUAGGAUUGAAGGCAAGUUUUGUCAUGCAGAAACUGCAUUUGUACGCGUACGGGAAAUUUACUGUGGAUAGUUGGCGUUGGAAAACGACAAGGGAUGCUUGGUGUUGUUACACAACGCGUCGGUCUUUUACGUGGAUCACGAUCGGGCGAACACCUUGUCGACUUUGUCGCCGUCCGUGGAGGGGACGGGAAAUCAAAAGCCGCAUCAUGUGGUAUAAAGUAAAACUCAGACCACAUCAAGUGCCCCUUUUUAUGUACUUCUGGAUUCCUUCUUCACGAUCACGGAUUUGUGUUGCACGAAACGCUUUUGAUAUGCGCGAUCUGUUUCCUAGAUGCUUAUGCUUUAUCGUUAUUCAUGUUCAAUAAAACUUCACUAUCAGCUCGCCGUCCGAUCCCCGGAUCCGAUCAAGAAACACCUAUCCAGUGCAAAACAAGUAUCGUACUCGUAUAAAUGCAUUACAAAUUUCCUCUGCGUGGUGAGAAAUAAAAUCUGUAAUGCUGAUUUACCUUAAGAAAAAGAUUUGUAAUGCAUGAUCGCAGUACGAGUGCGAUGCUUUUGCAGUGCAUAACACCAGGAGUUCGACAAGGACGGCACGCACUACAUGUCGGACUACUACCACAUUGAGAAGCAGACCCAGUACGACGACGGGGAAAAAUUGGUCACAUCCGUCGACCGGACCAUCACCGCCCAGUCGAAAGGCGGCGCGGAGAUGGACAUCACCGUGACCCACAACGUGGUGACGGACUAUUUGCCCGAUGGGGAAAAGAUCACGAAAGACCACGUGUCCGCCCGCAUGCACCGGGAGCUGAUGGUGAAGAAGGACAAUGUAUGGAAGUGUCAGGAUUCAAAUCGACAAAGUUGAAAUAAUUAAUAUUUACAUUGCUUGACUUCCGGGCUCUGGUAACGCAUACCCCCGGCGACAGGUGACCUUGACAGGCGACCUCGACAGGUGACCGCGACAGGUGACCUUGACAGGUGACCGCGACGGGUGAACGCCCUGCCUUCUCCCACUAGUGCUUCGCGCACUAAGCCACUAUGCGCGCGCCUGGUGUGAGGCGAGGGGCGGACGCUGUCCGCCCCGAUGCCGAACACCCUUCCCCCACUAGCGCUUCGCGCACUAAGCCACUAUGCGCGCGCCUGGUGUGAGGCGAGGGGCGGACGCUGUCCGCCCCGAUGCCGAACACCCUUCCCCCACUAGUGCUUCGCGCACUUCUGAGCCACCAUGCGCGCGCCUGGUGUGAGGCGAGGGGCGGACGCUGUCCGCCCCGAUGCCGAACACCCUUCCCCCACUAGCGCCACUAGGGACGGGCACAAGGCCCCAGCGUGGGGACCCUGUCCCCACGCUCGGGUGGGCCUUGUUUAUCAUGCAGAAACUGCAAGGCAUGGAGCGCCUCUCUUGCAGGGAUGGCAAGCGAGGCCAACUGUCAGCCUGUUUGGGGUCUGCCUCUGCGAUAGAGCUACUAAACUAGCAUGACAAAAAAUGCCUGCUGUCCCUAGACAGCAUGACAAACUGGAUUUAGACGGCGCCGAAAUUUGUCAUGCACCGCUUAGAAAUUGGGCUUCCAACUGGGAUCGACUUUAUGCAUUACGAGUUAUUUCAACGUUGUCGAUUUCAAUCCUGACACCCCCAUACCAUGGAUUUGUGUUGUACACGGAGACGGACACGGAAUCGCACGACGAAAUCAUCGACGAAAUCCCGCUGAUCGAGGUGCAGUUUUCCGACCGCACCCUGCUCCGCAUAUGCAUUGCAAAUAUGUCCGGGUCUGGAAGGAUGCAACUUGUGAUGCUGUCAUCUUUGGAUGCUAGAAAAAUCUGUAUUGCAUGACCAGCAAGAGGACUCCAGUUUGUGCUACGCCACGAAAAGGGCAUUUGUCAUGCGGAAGAGGCAUCAGCAAGCCAUCUGCAAGUUUGUGAUGCUAGGGCGUGCAUUACAGACGUCAUGGGUAAUACAAAACCUGCAUGACAAGUCUAGCACUCGUCUUCCAGACCCAGUAGACACAUUUGCACUUGAUACCGCAUCGCCAACUACAAUGAUUGGCACCGGGGCCGGAAGCACGGCAAAGACCAGGGGCUGCGGCGGUCGAUGGACCUCGAGCGGUACAUCCGCGACGGGGGGAAACGGUACGUGAAGGAGUACUUCCAAACUGGGACGAACACUGACGGCUCCGCCUCGCCCAACAAGUACCCGUUAUCUCCCCUGGUUUCCGGGCACAAAAUGGCAGCAGCCUCUACUUCCUCUUCCACUUCCCUUGCGAUCUACGACCCGAAGAAGGCCGGGUCGAACCAAUUGGUUAUCAAGAACGAUCCAGCUUCUACGAAAAACCACCGGCUGUACGAAUGUGUUUCCUCCUUCUCCGUCCCGGGCCAGCCGAAAUUCGUGCUGAUCGACAACCCGUGGAAAUUCGCCGUGGCUUUACGCAAUGCAAAAGCAUCGUACUAGUAUAGAUUGCAUUACAAAUUGACUUAGCAUGACAAAUUGAAUUUGUAAUGCGGAUUUGCAUAAAGAAAGAGAUAUGUAAUGCAUAAACGCAAUUAGUACGAGUGCGAUACUUUUGCACAGGAUAGACUUUGGGCAAUGUGGAUUUGUUGCAGAAGUUACUCUCCACCUACCCUCAGUACUCUCCCGAGGCGUGUUUGGACGGAAGCCGGAUCUACGACUUGCUGUUUUCCCAAGACCCAACGCGGUACGGGCAAAUGGCCGUGCAGUUUUCCCGGCAGUCGGCCACGCGGAUGUUGGAAUUUUUGUUGGCCCACCCGCUGUCCAACCCGCAUUGGUUGUUGCACAUGCUGCUCGUCUGCUUCCACGAGUCGCAGCAGGGUUCUUACACGUACAAUCUGAUGACGGGAAAAACUGCGGCGCGGGAGUUGCCGAUGGACUAUGUGAAUUUGAUCCUGGCCGCGGUCGGGCUGUCGACAAAACAUCGCUCCGUGCGGUCAGAUAUCCUGUGCAAAAGUAUCGUACUCGUAUAUUGCGAUCAUGCAUUACAAAUCUUGUUCUUAAGCAAAAUCCGCAUUACAAAUUUUUUUUUCCCAUGCUGAGGAAAUAAUUUGUGAUGCAUUUUAUAUACGAGUACGAUACUUUUGCAGUGCAUAUCGGAGCUGUUUUUGACCUUUGUGCGGAAGGAACAAGAAGCGCAGCAGCGGAUGGCGGAUCUGCAAUUGCAACUUCAAACGUUAGUGGACAUGCAGAACGCGGCCGAGGCAAUGGGCAUUACCGGAGACAUGUUUGCGCCGAAGAGCAAGAAGGUAUUUUUGAAUUUAGUUUAUAGAGGAAUUGAAAUUAAAGUUGAUGGAUCUAGCUGUUGUACGUAUUUUUGAAAAAAUUGGGGACAGUUUUUAGUGCUUGACAUCAAAAACAGGGUUUGCGGUCGAGUCUGCUUUUCAUAAAUUUUAGCCUUAGAAGAAAUAGAAGAUCGAUAAAACCACGCAGCACAAGACCUCUUUGAGUACUAAAGCAAUACCAAAAAACAACAGCGUUCCGCCGGCAUGUCCGAAAAAACCUCCCAGCAACAGAAAGAGCAAGCACAGGACCAGGCGAAGAUCGACGAAGUGAAAAAAGCCAUUCAGGCGACGAAAGCUCUGAAGGAGCGACUCGCCUGGGGGCUCUACCAUCUGAUCAACUUGAAGGACAAAAUGCACCACAAAUUCAACAUUAAUGGCUCUGUCGCGUUGCCCGACCAGGGCUUGUCCGACCUGUCCCUCCUGUCCGUGUGCGUGGUGCAGCACCGCGAGCCCCAGCGGGCGUACUACCAGAAGACCAUCGAGUCCAGGUUUGGCCCGGGGAGCAAGCGGUUGCCGACGGUGUUUGUCAAGCAGGAUGGGAAGCAACAGUCGAAAUCUGAAUACUGGGAUAUGGCGUUCUCAAACGUUACGCUCUCAACUGUUUUACAUGAUUUGUCAUGCAAAAUUAUCAUCAGCAUCUACGCGAUCAAGCUGUUCCGCAUGACAAAUUCAGAAAGGGGUAAAUAGCAUAGGAAUCCUCGAGUUUCCAAAUUUGUAUUGCAAGAGGCGCAAAAUAUUCCCGCGGUAAUUUUGCUGCUCUUGCAUUACAAAUUCAUGUACCAGUUGAGAAUGUAACAUUUGAGAACGCCAUAUGGGACAACCAUGCGUUCUCGAACGACGACCCCAGGCCGUUGGACAUGGACGUGUUUUGGAAGCCGCUGUUUCUUGUCUUAAACCACGACGAUGUCGACGUCAACCACGUUUCUCCUUCCACGGGCAAGACCGCUCUCCACCUCGCGUGCUUGUCCGGGAACGUGGAGGCGGUGGAGUUGCUUUUGAAGCACCCCUUGCUCAAACUCGACAUCAAAGCGGGUCACAACGACGGCAGAACCGCGCUCGACAUCGCGCUCGACCAGGAAAUGCGGAAGGAUUUGAACCCGGAAGAGAUGCAGCGGCGGAUUUUGCUGACUGACAUUCUCUUACUGGAUUCCCGUAUGAUGCCAACUAUGACGAAAAAGUCUGGAAGGGGAGUGUCCGGCGGAGGCAGUGGGGGUAAUGUUUCAGGGGGUCGGUCCUCUGGAGGCGCUUCCAGCUCGAAGGCCAGCCCCAGUUCCUCGCCGAAGCUAAACGCCACGGCGUACAUGCGCGCCAUCCCCGGGUCCCCGACGGACAUGUAUCACAAGAAAAAGUGUUAACGUUAACGGUUUUUACAGAUUGCGGCCAUGCGUCACAAAUGUAGCCCAAUACGCAUGCUAUACAUGACAAAUUUAGGCACGUUUUGUGCUGCGUUGCUGCAUUACUUUACAAAUUCAAACUCCGUUAAUGCUACCACUUUUUCCUGUGAUAGCAUGAUGGUCAGGAUCAAGGACAGCCCGGCGACCCCGAUUCCGGAGCGCAUCAAUUUGGUGCGGAAUUACGUUUCGAAUCUGACAAGCGAGCAGGAGAAGCCGGAAGCCGUGUCCGGGAUCGGCUCCGCGUCGAGUUCCUCCUACAUGAACUACUCGUCCGGCCUGAGUCCAACGAUGAAGGGAAAAAACUACGCAUCGUGGUACAACGAGUACGAUUUCCAGCUCUUCGAUAAAAAAUUGGCCGACAACUACGCAGGCGCUGGGCGGAAAUUUGGCAGUGUGAAACAUCAAGAUCAAGAAGUUGAGGACAGGGUUUCGGUCGGCGUUACUGCAAGAACUUCUAACGCGGGGAAGGGAAAAAAGGACAGCAGAGUUUCUGUCGGCUCGAACAAAAGCGCCGCCGGGACUGGUACUGCACCGGCGAAAAGUACAGCGGGAGCUGCAGGUGCGAAGAAGCAGAAGAUGGCUACUUCAUCCGCGAUGAAGAAGCAAUCAAAGAAAUCUGUUGCAGAAGUAGACGAGUCCUCUGGCAAGGAAAUCAAUUUCGAUGACGAGUACCUGAUUCCCGACGACGAAUUCUCGAAGUAUUCCAAGAAGAAGAUGAAGCUGCCGGAUGAAGCGCUGGAGAAGGGCAAACUCCCCGACGGCCCGCUGUUUGGGAAAUUACCGGACCGCGCGCUGUUCGGGAAAUUACCGGACAAACGGCUGGAGCCGAAGAAGAGCGGUGGGGGUGGCGGUAGCAGCUCCAUGAAGAAGAUGGGUAGUGGUGGUGGUUCGUCCUCGUCAAGUUCGUCUGCCGCAGCAGGGGCCGCUUCUAGCAUGAAGAAGAUGAUGGCCGCCGCUGCAGCAACCCCGAUGAAAAAGAUGGUGACUCCGAUGAAGAAAAAGGCUGUGUCGAUGAAGAAAAUGAUGGCAGCAAGUACGCCGAUGAAAAAGAAGAUGGCCGCUACCACGCCCAUGAAAGCUGCUUCUGCGAAAAUGGCCGCCGUCGUGAAGAAGCCUGAGCCAAUGAAGAAAAUGUCGAUGGCUGCUGUGAUGAAGAUGAAGAAGUCUUCUAUGAGCAUGAAGAAAAUGAUGUCGUCUUCCAUGAAGAUGGCCUCCACCUCUGUUGACGUUUCGGAGAAAAUGAAAAGCAGUAAUUCUAGUAGCCAAAUGAAAAUGGCAGCGGCUGGCUCGUCGAGCAGCAGUUCCAGUUCUUCGAUCGUGGUUUCCGUUGAGAAGAAAAAAUCUACCUCGAUGAAAAAGAUGUCCAUGGCGAAAAUGUCUAUGGCGAAAAUGUCGAUGGCGAAAAUGUCCAUGGCGAAGAUGUCUACCAGCAUGAAGAAAAUGUCCAUGGCAAAAAUGGCAGCAGCAGCAGCGGUCCCUGCAGCUCCGAUGAAGGCAGAACCCAAGAAGCCGGCGCCGAAAAUGAAGAUGUCCUCAUCUAUGGCGAAAAUGAUGAAAGCCGCUGCUCCGGCUCCAGCACCAAAGAUGAUGUCCAUGGCGAAAAUGAUGAAAGCAACUCCAAUGGCCGCGAUGAAAAAGUCGUCCUCGUCUACUAUGAAGAAGAUGAUGGAAGCCGCGCCCGUUGCAGCACCGCCAGCUCCGGCCGCCCCCCCGAAGAUGAAGUCGAUGCAGAAGAUGAUGAGCAUGAAGAUGCAGGCUGUGGUCAAGGUUAGUUCUUCGAAGAUGAAAAUGACCAGCAUGAAGAAGAUGGCAACUGCUGCUGCUCCGGAAAAGGCGCCGAAGCCCGCCCCGGUCAUGAAGAUGGCGUCGAUGAAAAAAACACCUUCUCCGAUGAAAAUGGCCAUGGCCUCUGCUUCGAUGAAAAAGAUGGCCGCCGCAGCCCCGUCGAUGAAGGCAUCGGCUGUUUCAGUGUCGGAAAUUUCGAAGAAGAUGAUGAGCAGCAUGAAGAUGGCAGCUUCAAAGCCGAUGAAAGCAGUCGCGCCGCCUCCUCCGGCUAUGAAAAUGGUUUCUAUGGGGAAAAUGAAGGCUUCGCCUUCGGCUUCCACUCCGAUGAAGAUGGCAGCUGCCUCGUCUUCCAAAAAAGCGUCUGGCGUGUCGGUCUCCGAGACUGCGAAGAAGAUGAUGAGCAGUAUGAAGAUGAUGGCUGCUCCCACACCCCCUCCGAUGAAGAUGUCGAUGGCGAUGAAAGCUAGUAAACCUGUAUCACAGGAAAAAGUGUAGUUAUCGUUGACGGUUUUCAUAGAUUGCAAAAAUGCAUGACAAAUUUUGCCUAAAAUCCGAUGACGCAUGACAAAUUUUGGCACGUUUUGGAAUCCAUUUCUGCAUCACAAAUCCCGUUAAGGUUAACACUUUUUCCUGUGAUAGCCUGUCGCUAUGAAGAAGGAAGUGGCGAAGAAAGCGGUCGACAUUUCGAUUUCGGUUUCCAGUGCCGCGAAGGCAAAAUCGCCGUGUGAAUUGCAAAUAUGUCUGGGUCUGGAAGAGUGCAGGACUUGUCGUUGUCAUCCACAUUUCGCAUGACUCAUGAUGUCUGUGAUGCAUGCCCUAGCAUCACAGACUUUUUGGCGGCAUUCUGAUGCUUAUACUGCAUGAGAGAUGCCCUCUCCGUGUAGCAAGAAAUGGACCUCUUUAAUAUUUGCUGAUCAUGCAAUACAGAUUCUGUGUAGAAUCCCGAGGCUGCAUCACAAGUUGCAACCAUCCAGACCCAGACACUUUUGCACUUGAUACGCCGGUCAUGAAAGCAACAUCGCCGGUGAUGAAAGCUGCAGCUGCGAAGAGUCCUGCCGUUAUGAAGGCUAAAACACCCAUGAAGGCUAAAACACCUCCGCCGAUGAAAGUGAAAACGACCGUGAUAAAGUCCAGCGUGAUGAUAUGGAAGCGUCAGGUUUGAAAUCGUCAAAGUUGAAAUAAUCUGUAAUGCAUAAAAUGCAUGACCCGCGGUGCGUGUGUUGCAGAGCAGGCAAGUGAGGCCGAUUGUAAGCCUGUUUGGGGUUACAGCUCGAGCUGCUAAAAUAGCAUGAGAAAAUCGCUCUUCUUUGCCUAAACAGCAUGACAAACUCGAUUUAGGGACCACCGAAAUUUGUCAUGCGCCACUUGGCAACUGGGUUCCAACUGGCAUCCAUUUUAUGCAUGACAAAUUAUUUCAACUUUGUCGAUUUCAACUCUGACACAUCCAUAGAUGAAAAAGCCUGCGAAAUCGCCGAUGAAGGCGCCGACACCAGCCAUGAAAGCAAAAUCGCCCAUGAAGGCCCCCGCUCCACCAGCCAUGAAAGCAAAAUCCCCCAUGAAGCAGGCUGCUACACCCGCAAUGAAAGCUGCGCCACACCCGAAGUCGCCAGUGAUGAAAUCCGCAGCGAGCAGCAGUUCUUCUUCAAGCUCGUCGUCGAAAGGCGGGAAAAAGGACACAGACUGGCUCACGGUUUUGUUCAAGAAGAUCAACAAGUCGGGCUCCGGCGCGCUGAAUUACAAGGAAUUCUUGAACGCGGCGAAGGGAAAGAACAGCAAGGACGGAAAAUUGCUUACGGCGUUGACCUCAAGGGUAAAGAACGAGGGGAAGAAAAAGUAAGUAAGCGCCACGGCCACUCACGGCGGCGUGCGAUUGAAGUAUUAUUAGGUUAUGUACGGACAACAUUUGAAUGAUGAGUUUGAAUUUUGUAUUAAGUGUUUUUAUUUCAUCUGUAUGAUUUCUUUUGUAAAGGCAAGCUACACAAGUUUUGUGUCCUCUUCGAGGAAGUAAAGAGGAGCACGCCAAAGCAUUCAAGCCUUAUCGUGGACAGUAAAAUUCUAAAUCCGAGCUAUCUUCGCUAUUGCCGUUUUUUUAUGAAUUUAAACAACACACUUUUAUGUUAAUGUUUACAGCACGCAUGACGCUGUACUUGUCACGAGCGGACCGCAUGUUUUUUCAGUUUUAACAAGCAACACAAUUACAACCAGUAUCGAAACCUCCGAUGAAUUACAGAACUUCAUAUCGAAAUCGAGCAUAUUUUCAACAUAAUUACCGUUACGAGCAUUCAUUUUUGGUCUUGUCAAGAAUCUUGACAGGACGCACUGAUUUGUUUUCAAAAACUUACCAUAUAGGGAGGUCUCGCAGGGGGCCGUACCAAAAAUAUUAUACUUCUGUAGAAAUACCGUCUGGAUCUGGUUUAUUGCAAUGUAGUAGGAGGUUCACAAAAAAUCAUCUACAACCAGGUCGAGAGGUCAGAAUUGUCACAAGCGGAAAAAGUAAUAAAAACUCAAAAUUUCACUUUUACCCGAAAUAACGCACGUCUGGCACACUGUAAAAAAUCUGGCUACAACGCUCCGACGGCGGAUUUGAUUGAAAUUUCCCGCAAGGUCGAAAGAUGAACCUGCACUUCUGAUG